GCACUGUCGCCUUCGGGUAGAGGAAGGACAGGGUGCAGCUCUCCCGCCGAAUCUGCAGUAGGCCGCACGAGCAAUCUGGAGAACCGCUCGUGUUCCGGGAAACUGUCGUGUGUUGUGCAGUGAAAGUACCAGAAAUAAAAUCGGAAAUGAAAAUAUCCAUCUGAUUGAGAAAAAAAGGCAUUACUAUAACACACACAUACCUUAAACUCCUUGAUUUCCAUCGUUACCAAUCCUUACCAUCCUCACGUCAACAUCAACAGUGUUACCAAGACCUGUGUGUGGCCAAAACACGUAGGAAAAAGUGAAAGGAUUUUUUUUUCAGAAAAUUAGUGUUAUGGCCAUUAAGUAUUCGCUGUUUUUCCUUUUAUUAAUACUUAUCGUGACUGUGCAUCUUUCGUCUGGUCGGAGAAAGAAGAAGCAGAGGUGCCCGAAGAUCCUGAGGGACAACCUGGUGGUGCGCAUUCGCUCCGCCGGGUGGAUUGCCAAGCUGAAAUGCCGCCGCCACUUCACCAUGGUGGAGGGCGACCCCAACCUCACCUGCGUCAGGAACGUGUGGAGGGGCAGGAUCCCCAAGUGCAUCACAUCCGGAUGCGAGAUCCUGCCAGCGCUUGCCAACGGGGAGAAAGUGUACCUGUAUGACGACGCCAUGAUCAGGUUUUCGUGUUCCCCGGGGUACAAUCUCGAGGGCUCCCCAGCUCUCUCUUGCGACGGCAUUAAUUGGAACGACACAAUGCCAGUGUGCGUGGGCCAGCAGGCGGAUGUGAUGUCGUGCGACUUCGAGGACGCCGGCGUGUGCGGAUGGACGGGCGACCCCAAGUCGGACUUCCAGUGGGUGAGGAGCCAGGGCGUCGCGAACCAGGUGGGCACGGCGCCCAAGCGGGACCACACGCUCGACCGACCCGAAGGACACUUUAUGUACAUAGAUUCCUCGGUGCGUCGAGAGGAGGGGCAGACUGCACGCUUCUACUCGCCUGUAUUUUCGGGAAACUUUACUUCUGACGGUGCAGCCUGUUUCUCUUUCUACUACCACAUGUACGGUCACACAACAGGGAGCAUGAACGUGUACGUGAAGCCUGAAGGACGAUCAUUGGAGCACCAAGCCCCGAUGUUUCAAGUGAACGGUUUCAAUAAUAACUUUUGGUUCCAUGAAGUCUUCAGUAUUAAUGCAAUGAACGACAACUUCCAGAUCGUGAUGGAGGUCGUGCAUUCGAGCGGAGCGAUGGCUGACGUCGCCGUCGAUGACGUCCGCCUGGCCCGCGGGGACGAAUGCAUCCAGCUGCGGCAGCAGGUCGAGACCAGCGACGAUAGUGGGACCACUACGACCACCACUACAACUACCACCACCACCACUUCGACCACCACCACUUCGACCACCACCUCCUCGCCUGCUACCCCUACGAUCGCCCCGACCACCACCACGACCAACAUCACGACCAACACCUCCCCACCUACUAUCUUAACGACCACCCCGACCACCACUACGACAAUUACCAGUGUACCUCCAAUCGCCGCCAGGACCACCAGCGCAUCCACUCCUCCUGCCACCACGACCACGCCUGCUCUUUCUACCAACGCCGCCUCUUCAACCACACAAACAGAACCGUCUGCAGCUGCCAACGCGACCGGUGGAGCGGAAGCGACUGCGUCCACCGCUGGGACACCUGAUACAACACCCAGCACAACGUCCAUGUCUACCGCCCACACUGAACCUGCAGUUACGCCCACAAUUACUCCGCCCGUCACUGCGGGAACCCCCAACGCAACAGUAACCUCCACUCCUGCCACAGAAAGCGAUACCACUCAAACAAGCGAAGGACCAUUGCCUGCGACCACACCCCUUGCGGUCGUUUCUGAGAGCAGCCCUGCGACGAGCGGCACGACCACUGUUCAGGCGACUACGAGCGGCACGACCACUGUUCAGACGACUACGACUACGAGCGGCACGACCACUGUCCAGACGACUACAGCAGCUUCUGUGCCACAGUCACAGCCCAGUACCACCCCUGCCAUAGUUACCACGCCCGAGGGGACGGAAAACAAGACGUUGCCAGUCAGUGAAAGUGAAGCCAUAACCUCCCCGUCAGGAUCAGAGGCGACGUCCGCAGCGAAAAGCUCAACCGAGGGCAUCCAGUCGUCAACGACGCCUGCACAGCCGGUAACAAAGCCGACGACGACGACGGCGACGGCGACGGCGUCGGCGACAACCUCAACGGAAAAGCCAUCCUGGCCUUCUCCCGCGCCUCCUUCGCCCACGCCGGCGGCAAGUACCUCCCCGCCCCCCACCACCUCCCCGGUCCCCUCCUCCACCACGGCCUCCUUGCCCUCAGUGUCCGCGGGCGCGAAGGACUCCUCGACGUCCACCGCGACUAUUUCCCUCGUCGUGUUCGCGGUGGUCGCCGUCGUGGUCUCCGCCGCGGUGGGCGUGGGCGUGUACGUGUGGAGAGUCCGCCGGCAGGAGAAGCUGCCGGAGGACUCGGAGAUCCGGUUCCUGGCUCGGGACGAAGUGCAGAUGGACGGCAACAUCUUCAGCCUGGGGAGCACUCGGCCGCCCCGGAGCACGGUGGCCUGAGGGUGGCGAGGGCGGCCGGUCAGCUUGCACCAGGACUUCGACGUCGAUUUCGUGCUGGAAGCUAACUAGCCCCCGCAGGCAGACUUCGUGCGGCCGCGCCUCCGCGGAGGCCUUGUGCGAACCACGGACGAGGGCGACGCACUCAUCUCACGCUCACAGGAUCAAGGCUGAACAGAUCCAUUAAACCUUCACACACACAUAUUCACACACACGCACACGCACACACACACACACACACA